AUGACCCAACUACAAAAACUACAAACGGCGUCGAUCGACACCUGGCUGGCGGUGGGCUCGCUGGCAGAGCUGCUCAACGAGUCGGAACGCGCCAUCAACGCCUACGAGGCAGCGCUCUCCUACAACCCCUGCUCCAUUCCCGCUCUGACCGCCAUCGCCAACCUGUACCGGUCGAUGGAACACUUCCCCAAGGCGGUGGAGUACUACCAGAACAUCAUCUCGCUGAGCUCGGACUCGGGCGAGACCCACGGCUCGCUGGGCCACUGUUAUCUGAUGAUGGACGACCUGCACAAGGCCUACUCCGCCUACCAGCAGGCCCUGUACCAUCUGCGGGACCCCAAGGACCCCAAGCUGUGGUACGGCAUCGGCAUUCUGUACGACCGGUACGGCUCGCUGGAGUACGCCGAAGAGGCGUUUUCGCAGGUGAUGGAAAUGGACCCGCACUUUGAGAAGGCCAACGAAAUCUACUUCCGGCUUGGCAUCAUCUACAAGCAGCAGGCCAAGUACUCGCAGAGCCUCGACUGCUUCCGGUACAUUCUGCACAACCCGCCUCGACCGCUGACCGAAAUCGACAUUUGGUUCCAGAUUGGCCAUGUCCAUGAGCAGCAGAAGGACUUCCAGUUGGCGCGAGAAGCUUACGACCGCGUGCUGGUGGAAAACCCCAACCACGCUAAGGUUCUACAGCAACUCGGCUGGCUCCACCACCAGCAAUCGUCCACCUUUGCCAACCAGGAUGUGGCUAUCAACUAUCUGCUCAAGUCGCUGGACGCAGAUCCCCUGGAGGCCCAGUCGUGGUAUCUACUGGGCCGGUGCUACAUGGCGCAGCAAAAGUACAACAAGGCGUACGAGGCCUAUCAACGGGCCGUUUACCGCGACGGGCGCAACCCCACCUUUUGGUGCUCCAUUGGCGUGCUCUAUUACCAGAUCAACCAGUACCGCGACGCUCUGGACGCCUACUCCCGCGCCAUCCGCCUCAAUCCCUACAUUUCCGAGGUUUGGUACGAUCUCGGCACGCUCUACGAGAGCUGCAACAACCAAGUCAACGACGCCAUCGACGCCUAUCAGAAGGCCGCCGAGCUGGACCCCCACAAUCCCCACAUCCAAGAGCGGUUGUUGCAGUUGCGAUCGGGCCAGGGCCACAAUGGCGCCGCCCCCGCCGGUCCUCCUCGACCCCAGGACGUCAAUCCCCAGAGCUACAGCCAUCACGGUCCUCCUGGCUGGGACGAUGCCGCUGGAGGAGCCGCUGGAGCCAACGCUGCUGCCGGAGGAGCUGCCGGAGGAGCUGCCGGAACUCCUCAGGCUCCUCCUGGACUUGGACCUCCAGGACUGGCUCCCGGCGGGCCUCCCGGCGGGCUUUCCAACGCCUCUGGUCUUGGAUCUGGGGCUCCUCCUCCUCUGGCAGCCUCUUCUGCGCCGCUGCCUCCUCCUAACGGUCUUCCGGCUGCUCAGACUGCGCCCAACACCGCCCAGACCGCCGCUCCCACGCCUCCGCAACCCGCUGCCGCUCUCCCACAGCUCGCCGGAAUCUCCGAGAUCCAGCAGCGCGUCUUGCCACAGAUUGACUACGCCGAAAACGGCCACGGUCACCAGGGAGGCGAGAAGCGACCCGGCGAAUGGGAGGACGAGCGCCGUUUCAAGCGCGUGGAUGUUAAUGGCGCCGCCACGCCCGCCAGCGGCAAUAACACCCCCAAUCUUGCUCCGGGUGGCCAGGCUAAUGCCGUUGAGCGUGAUAUCGGCUCUUCGGGCGCUGGUUCGGGUGUUCCUGGAGCUCCCGGUGCUCCCGGUGCGCCUCCGGCCGCUCCUCCGGCUGUUGCCAACGCCGCCAAUGCCGCUGGAACCACGCCUCUGCCUCCGCCCCCACCCACGGUGCCGCCGCCCGCGCCCCAGCACGUGCCGACGACCCAAGAGCUGCCACCAGUGCAGGACACGCCGACUCCCGCAGCGGUUGAGCCCAAGAAGGAGGAGCCGGACGUGCCCGUUGCGGUGCCUAUUUCCGCGCCUGUUUCUGCGCCCGUUGCGGCGCCCACUGCCGCCGCCGCUGCCGCCGUGCCUCCUGCCGCGCCUCCUAGUGCACUUGCGCAGGCUCAGGAGCCAGAGAAGCCCGACGUUCAAUCUGACGUUAAGUCUGACGCGAACGAGGUUAGCGACGUGAAGCCGGUUCAACCAGUGACGGCUCCUGUUUCGGCCGCAUCUACGCCCAGCAUUGCUCCUGCUCCUGGCCCAGCCGUUGCGAGUAGUGGCAAUAGCGCUGGUAGCACCGGAAGCAAUGCUAACAAUGCUAACGUUGCUAACAGUGGCGCCACUGCCAACAACGGUGCUCCCGGUUCUGGUUCUGCUCCUGGUUCUGGUGCCCCCGCUGCCCCCGCUGCCUCCGCUGCUCCAGCACCUGCUCCUGCUCCUACUCCUGCUCCCGCCCCCUCCUCUCCUCCGCCGGAAGCGCCCCUGCGAAAGGUGGUAGAGGAGGAGGACUACGACGAUGACGACGACGAGCCUAAAAAGGAGGACGCCAAGGUCGAGACCGCUACUGAGUCCGCCGCUCCCGCUGCUGCUGCUGCUGCUGCUCCGGCUCCGUCUGCUGCUGCUGCUCCGGCUCCAGCUGAGUCCAAGGAUGACGACAAGAAGAAUGAGGCCAAGGAGGAAAAAUCCGAGGACAAGUAA